CUAAACGUGUUUUUCUUUUUGGCUGUCAAUGUCAUUAUCUGUCUAACCGCCGUCAUACCUCCAAAUCGAACUACCUAAUAUUUCUCUGUUCGCCAUUGAUUAUUGAGGUAUAUGGCGUUUAGAAAAUUCCUUCGUAGGAACUUUGUGAGCAUAUCAUUCCCUGUUCUGACGGCCACUUUGAUUUGGCUUGACUGGAACCACACGCAGAAGUGGAAAGCUCAGUUGAAACAGAAUUAAAAUGGCUAUUUUUGGCAUAACUGGUCGCUAUAUUUAUGUUGCAAUUCCUUUGACUGGAUUCUUUAUCGGAAAGUUCUUGGACGAUCAAGAAACACUAAGAAUGACUAGUUUUAGGGACAAAUCUUGUUUGUAUGGAGGAAAUGUAAAGGAAGGCGAUCCUCCAACAUGGCCCUAAGUUUUAAUUUAAAAUAAAGAUAGAAAAAUAAACGAUUUUGGCUGUAAAACAUCAAAUUUCAUUAGUG